AUGAUAGACGACACCGCCGCCCCACCUCAGGUGUGUUCAGGUCCAGUGGUAGCCGGCGUGUACCAGGAGCUCUCCACUGUCUUCACACCACAUGGCAGCGGAAUCACGGCCGAACCCCAAGGGGAGAUGAAGGAGAAGCUGGCAGUCAGAAUUCAGAGCCCCAAGGAAAAUGACUUCACUGAAGUAGAACUGAACAGAGGAGAGCGGAGUUCUUAAAAUCUACUAGAAGUGAGUUGCUGUGAACUGGGUAUUAAGCCAGAGCAAGUGAAGAUCAGAAAGGUACCAAACACACUGCUCGGAAAGGGCAAAGACAUUCUAAGACUAUGGGACUUUCAGGAAAUAAAGCUCAAUUUUAAUGAAAAUGGAAGUUCCAAAUUGGUAGAAGACACACAUCCCUGA